UCGCUCCGCGUGAAACAAAGUGUAGUGUCCGCGAGAGCCCGUAGGAAGCGAAAAGAGAAGAGAAGAAGAACCCGGAGAAAGGAGAGAAUGGGGCGGCUGAGUCCACAACAACAGGAGGAAUAAUAACCGAAACCCGCUGAACUCAGACACGCAGAGAGAAGACAGAAGACGGAGAGGAAACUUUUCGCGUGGGGGAAAACUGUUACAGACUCACGGCACGGCCACGCUUUGAAACAUGGAUACACUUUUCUCUGUAUUCCUGGGACUCCUGUUGUCGGCGGUUGGUAACGUCUCCGGACAGAUACCGACAGCUCACAUGGGGCGCGCUGAGAAGGGGAGCUGUACGUUUGAUGAGGGCUUCUCUCAGUGUGAUUACCAGCAAGAUCCCUAUGAUGACUUUGACUGGACGCACAUCAACACCCAGGAAGUGCCAUACGUCUCACCAGACCUGCCACAAGGUUCCUACAUGUAUGUGGACGUCUCUCAGUACGAUGUCGGGGAGAAGGCCAGGUUUCAGCUGCCUGUCAUGAAGGAGAAUGACACUCACUGUAUCGACUUCAACUAUCUCCUCACCAGCCCUGACGGCUCCAGCCCUGGCACCCUCAACGUCCUGGUGAAGGUAAACAAGGGUCCCUUGGCCAACCCUAUAUGGAACGUGACAUCCUACACUGGUAAAGACUGGCUGAGAGCCGAACUCGCCGUCUCCACCUUUUGGCCUAAUGAAUAUCAGGUCAUAUUCGAAGCAGAGGUUUCGGACAGCAAAGCCGGCUUCAUCGCCAUUGACGACAUUCAGGUGCUCAGCUACCCAUGCGAUAAAUCUCCUCAUUUCCUGCGUCUUGGGGACGUGGAGGUGAACGCCGGACAGAACGCCACGUUUCAGUGCAUCGCUACAGGACGAGACACAUCAAACAAUAAGCUCUGGCUACAGAGGAGAAAUGGAGAAGAUAUUCCCGUGGCUCUGACCAAAAACAUCAACCACAGACGUUUCGCCGCCUCCUUCCACCUCAAAGAGGUCACUAAUCAGGAUCAAGAUCUGUACCGCUGCGUCACCCAGUCAGAGCGCGGCUCAGGGGUGUCCAACUUUGCGGGUCUUAUCGUCAGAGAGCCUCCGCACCCCAUCGCCCCACCCCAACUGCUAGGCGUUGGCCCCACAUAUCUGCUCAUUCAGCUGAAUGCUAACUCCAUAUUUGGUGAUGGACCUAUUAUACUGAAAGAGGUUGAGUACCGCAUGACAUCAGGCAGCUGGACGGAGACUCAUGCCGUGAACUCUCCCAACUACAAGUUGUGGCAUCUUGACCCGGACACAGAGUACGAGAUCCGAGUGUUACUGACCAGACCAGGAGAGGGAGGGACAGGCAAACCUGGGCCACCACUCAUUACCCGGACCAAAUGUGCUGAACCUAUGCGGACUCCUAAGAGGCUAAAAAUUGCUGAGACCAGGUCUCGUCUGAUAGCGGUGGAUUGGGAGUCGUUGGGCUACAACAUCACUCGCUGUCACACCUUCAAUGUCACCAUCUGCUACCAUUAUAUGACUGCCAACAACCGCAGCAAAGCUGACUGCUUGGACAUGGACCCUAAAGCACCACGCCAUGUUGUGGCAAACCUGCCACCCUACACCAACGUCAGUCUGAAGAUGAUUCUGACCAAUCCAGAGGGGCGUAAAGAAAGUGACGAGACUAUCAUACAAACUGAUGAAGAUGUUCCAGGCUCAGUUCCCAGUCAGUCACUGAGAGCCACUCCAUUCGAAGACAGAAUUCUUCUUUACUGGAAGGAACCGUCUGAACCCAACGGUGUCAUCAUACAAUAUGAGAUCAGCUACAGUGGGUUGCGUUCAUUCGACCCUUCGGUGCCUCUCCAGCGACCGGGACUCACAGUGUCUUUGCCCUCCAACGCCACCCAUCACCUGUUCUCCCAGCUCCAUCCAGGUGUCACGUAUCAACUCUCUAUACGUGCAUCCACCUCCAAAGGAUUCGGCCCUGCAACGACACUCAAUGUGACCACUAAUAUUUCAGCUCCAACAAUAGAUGAGUAUGAUGGGUCAGAGGCCUUUCUGAAUGAAACUGCAACAACCAUCACUGUCCUGCUCAAACCUGCCCAGGCCAAGGGAGCACCUAUAAGUGCAUACCAGAUUGUAGUUGAGGAAGUAAAUCCUCAGCGGACCCGUCGUCAAGCUUCCUCUGACUGUUACGAGGUCCCAGUUUCCUACCACAGUGCGUCUAGCGGUGGAUCUCCAUAUUAUUAUGCCGCCCAGCUGUCCCCCAGCAACCUGCCAGAGCCACUCCCCUUCACUGUUGGAGAUAACAAGACUUAUCAGGGUUUCUGGAAUCCUCCACUGGCCCCCAGAAAGAACUACAACAUCUACCUUCAAGCUGUUAGCAGCACGGAGAGGGAAACCAAGACACAGUGUCUGAGGCUUGCUACUAAAGGUGCUACAGAGGAGCCAGAAGUCAUCCCUGACCCCGCUAAACAGACAGACCGCGUGGUGAAGAUCGCUGGGAUCAGUGCUGGUGUUCUUGUCUUUAUACUGCUGGUGCUGGUAGCCAUCCUAUUGGUCAAGAAGAGGAGGACCUACUAUUCAUACUCUUAUUACCUGAAACUGGCUAAAAAACGUAAAGACGCCAUCGGAACGACACGGCAGGAAAUGACUCACAUGGUGAAUGCCAUGGAUCGCAGCUAUGCCGACCAGAGCACUCUGCAUGGAGAGGAUCCCAUGGCUGUGACAUUCAUGGACUCUCACAACUACAACAACAGAUAUGAGAACCACAGUGCCUCUGCAGCGGAGAACAGCAGGCUUCUGGACGUUCCUCGGUAUCACUGUGAAGGAACUGAAUCACCCUAUCAGACAGGGCAGCUCCACCCUGCCAUCAGAGUGGCCGACCUUCUGCAGCACAUCAACCUCAUGAAAACAUCUGACAGCUACGGCUUUAAGGAGGAGUAUGAAUUGGUGAUACAGAGCUUCUUCGAGGGGCAGUCGGCAUCCUGGGACGUGGCCAAGAAGGAGCAGAACCGUACUAAGAACCGCUAUGGGAACAUUAUAGCAUAUGACCAUUCAAGGGUUAUUCUCCAGCCCAUAGAGGACGACCCCUCCUCCGACUACAUCAACGCCAACUACAUCGAUGUAAGUGGAAACGCAUCGAAUGCUACUAUUGGCUCCCAACGAAACCAACGAAACCACACUCCCUCGCUCAUUUGGCUGUACAGGGAUGGCUACCAGAGACCAAGUCACUACAUCGCUACUCAGGGUCCUGUUCAUGAGACAGUGUAUGACUUCUGGAGGAUGGUGUGGCAGGAACAGUCAGCCUGCAUUGUCAUGGUAACCAACCUGGUGGAGGUUGGAAGGGUCAAGUGCUACAAGUAUUGGCCAGAUGACGCAGAGGUGUACGGAGACUUCAAGGUGACAUUUGUGGAGGUUGAACCUCUUGCUGAAUACGUGGUUCGCACAUUUACACUGGAGAGGCGUGGUUUCAACGAGGUGCGGGAAGUCAAGCAGUUCCACUUCACAGGCUGGCCUGAUCACGGAGUUCCAUAUCAUGCUACGGGACUACUUUCCUUCAUCCGCAGAGUCAAGAUCUCCAAUCCACCCUCUGCUGGGCCGAUUGUGGUCCACUGCAGUGCCGGAGCAGGGCGCACAGGCUGUUUCAUAGUCAUUGACAUCAUGCUGGACAUGGCUGAGAGAGAAGGAGUGGUCGACAUCUACAACUGUGUGAAAGCUCUUCGCUCUAGGAGGAUCAACAUGGUACAGACUGAGGAGCAGUACAUAUUCAUCCAUGAUGCAAUUCUAGAGGCUUGUCUAUGUGGAGAAACAGCCAUACCAGUCUGCGAGUUCAAAGCUGCUUUUUAUGAGCUGAUCCGCAUCGACUCGCAGACCAACUCGUCACAUCUGAAGGACGAGUUCCAGACGUUAAACUCGGUGACUCCUCAGCCUCAGCCUGAAGACUGCAGCAUUGCAUUGUUGCCUAGGAACCAAGAUAAGAACCGCUUUAUGGACGGCCUUCCUCCUGACAGAUGCCUUCCCUUCCUCAUCACAAUAGACGGAGAAAGCAGCAACUACAUCAACGCUGCUCUGAUGGAUAGCUACAGACAGCCUGCUGCGUUCAUCGUUACCCAGCAUCCUUUGCCUAACACUGUCAAAGACUUCUGGCGUCUGGUUUACGACUAUGGAUGUACCAGCUUGGUGAUGCUGAAUGAGAUUGACCUGGCUCAGGGUUGUCCUCAGUACUGGCCAGAGGAGGGCAUGCUGCGUUACGGUCCGGUCCAGGUGGAAUGUAUGUCCUGCUCAAUGGACUGUGAUGUCAUCAGUAGACUCUUCAGAGUCUGCAACCUCACCAGGCCUCAGGAAGGCUACCUGAUGGUUCGUCAGUUCCAGUACCUGGGGUGGGCGGGACACAGAGAAGUGCCUGCCUCCAAACGCUCCUUCCUCAAACUGAUCCUGCAGGUGGACCAGUGGCAGCGUGAGGGAGAGGAGGGAGAGGGAAGAACCAUCGUGCACUGCCUAAACGGAGGUGGGCGCUGUGGAGUUCUAUGUGCCAGCAGCAUUGUGUGUGAGAUGGCCAAGAGACAGAGUGUGGUCGAUGUCUUCCACGCCGUGAAGACCUUGAGGAACAGCAAACCCAACAUGGUGGAUACUCCGGAACAGUAUCGAUUCUGCUACGACCUGGCACUGGAGUUCAUCGAGUCCUCCUAAACAAAGGAGAGAAGAGGAGGAGGAGGAGGUGAAGAAGAGCAGAACAUCUUUUCACUUCCCGCGUGUUUGAUCCUUCGCUUUCGCUUGGUCCCGACUCCCCUCUGUGGUGGCCGUUCUGUAGCACCCAUUUUGCGUCCCUACAAAUGGCACAAGCGAAACCGGCCCCUUGUACCGUGUUGUAAAGUAUCAUGACAAAGGGAAACAUUCAGACUUUAACCAGAAGGAGCUGCUGGGAGUGCAACAGAGGGGGAGGUGAUACUCCUUUUACUCCUUUACGCUUAUUGUACAGCUUUUUGAGUGCCAGCGGGGCCCCUGUAUGUGCCGGGCCCCGUUUAAAUGUUACGCCUCCUCACACAUGGACUUGAUGCCUCAUGCUGUUUCAGCUGCAGUACUCCAUGUGCACUGUAGAUGUCUCCCUCCCACCUGGCAAGCUGCAGCCACAGCUUCUGAAGAACUGCAAGUCUCAAGUGGCCCCACAUUCCUGCUCUCAUGCUGAUUCCUGAGUUACUUUACAGCGUUGGGCAUCUCAUCACGGUGAUGUUUGAAUAUCUGCAGCCGACAAACUUCAAGUUACAGCCCGGCCAAACUCUGUGAAUGCUUCUGUUUUCUACUCCAUGCAUCAGCAGCAUCUCCAUCUUAUGUUUCUGCUCAUUCCAGUCAGAACAUUAUUAUGUAUUUAAGUACUAAACAGGCCACUCUGAACCCGUUUCUCAUUGGUUACACACAAUAGACAUAGAAAACACCCUAACUGUCAGUGUACGUUUGCUAAUUAGAUGAAGUAGAGUCUUAGAAAGGAGACUGACAAUGAGACAAAAGCAGAGAGUUUACACGGGGAGUACUAGGCUUUUAGUUUUUUAUUUUUGAAAUCAUGAAGUGGCAACUUGAAAAAUGUUAAGUGUAGGAUUUUCACUUAGACGUAUACGUUCAAAAAAGUGUGAUAUGUAUCAUUGUUUGUUUUCUGCAGUCGCUGCAGAGUUAAUUUGUUGCAUCGUUUGUUGAUCUACGGCAGUGGUUCCCAACUGGUCCAGAUUUCUCCUUGGUCAGUAGCUUGAGGUCCCACAUUCAGCGUCAGACUUGGCUUUGGCCUGACGUUGGGCUAGUUUGCUGCCUCUGUUGAGUCACUCACUCUACAGCAGGAAACGGCAUUUCAAAAUAAAAGCUCCGUGCUGGAAGUUUACUGUACUUACAAAAUUGACAUGGUCAUGAGACACAUGCGGUCCAUUUAAAAUGGGCCCGCAACCCACCAGCUGGGAACCACUGAUCAGCAGGACAGAAGUUUGAAGUCUUCUUUGUAACCCAAAUCAGAGAAAUUAAAACACUUUAAAAAGUAACUAAACCCCUAAACCACCUUUUUCAGCUGAGACCCAACGUACAUGGGUUUUUUCGUAGUGUUGUUGAUGGAUUCAGGUCCAAAUUAAUUCUGCUAUCGACUGAGCGUGUCCUGGCCGCCUCUCCCAGCCCCCCACUUUGUCACGUUUCAGCCAACACUCUGGGGUUUAGCUACUCUUUAAGACUUUGUUCACCUGUGUGACAUUAACAUAAUCAUGUUUGUUUCAGGGCUGGGCCCAAUGCACUUUCAAUUCAGCCAACUCACAAAUGGGAUCAUUUAUGUCCAAACUCCAACAGAUUUUGGCGUAUUUACUCGUAGAGAAGACUGACAAUAACCGCUCACAGUUUUCCAUUUCUGGUUUGAAUGGAAUUGGAAGUGACCUGACCCCAGGCCUGGUUCGUCUCGUGCACUGGCGGCCAACACUUUUUAUUAUGAUUUUGUAGCUGAUGUUUCUUCAUAAGCCAAAGACUUUGUGUAAAUAUGUCUAUAUGGAUAAAGCACAUUGUUUGUAUUUAUUGUUUGUUUACUUGCAUUGCUUGUAAGAACAAUCAUUCUUCAUUCCAUGUUUACUCUACCAGCCAGCGCUUCUUAAACUGCGGGUCGGGGGGCGCAGAAUGGGCUGCGAGUCUGUUUCCUCCGGAGCAUUGAGAGUGUUAGUGUGAUUUAAUGAGCCCAUAAUGGGUCCCGAGGUGAGAGGCGUCGUCUGCUCAAUUUGGGCCCGUGAAGAAGAGUUUAAGAAGCCCUGAUCCACGCUGUAUAUUAAAGCAUUAGAAGUAGUUUUUCAGUAUUUAGGUGGAACUCAGUAGUAUUGUCUUGUUUUCACUUAAUGAAACUCUCUGUGAUGUUACCGUGGUUUCUUUGUGUAAAAGCCCAUCGCUCUGUUUGUGGUCAGUAGAACAUGAGUGCAUUUAUAUGCACAGAGUAUUUUGGAUAAUAGCUCCUAUCCCUCUUAAGGUCUUCGUCGGGAUAAGCUGUUUAUCUUCAUCCUCAUAUCCUGCUCACCAUUAUCCCUGAAUACACACAGACUCGGUGAUGCAAACAGGCUUAGUGAGUGAAACAUGCAGGACUGUGAAAACAACAACAAAAAAAACAUUUAUUGUGCCUAAUCAUUUGAAUUUCCUCGUGGAUACAAGCAUUUUGACAGCAUCUUAGAUCGCUACCAGGGCUUUCUUGAAUGCGUUCUCAUGGACGAUCAGUGUUUUGAACACCUUUUCGGACCAUGACUCGGCGUGUUUUAUUAAUCAGAGUGCUUCAUGAAUUCUUUGUGAGGCUUUACCGGACGUGUUUCUGUUGUGCACAAACUGAUUCAGAAAAAAAAUUAUUGUAAAUAUAAUGUCAGAGGUUCCACUCAGUUGGGACGAGAGUAGCCCGGCUCUACUGUUAAAGGAUGUUAUUGUAAAUAGGCUCUCAUGAGGAACUCUAAGAGGCUCUACUGUUGGGCGAACAGUAGAGACGAUGGAUGCAAUGUCAGAACAUUUGUUCUGUUGUAGAUAUAAAGUCAGAGAUUGUACUCCUGGAGGACUCAGCUUCAAAUUUUGACAGAUAUUGUUUAAAAAAAAAAAAGCAUUAUAGUGUCCGCUGAAUAUACAGAACUUUAUUCUGCCGGCGGACCAUCGAUUUUCAGUUUAUUUCUGCAGAUUUUUGGUCUGACCCAAAGAAAUACGAGAAAACCCAGAGGCCAUAACCCUACGUUAACACAGCCAGUGGGAUGAAACUGAUGGCCGUCUCUAUAGCAUGCAGAGAGAGGAAUGAUUGACGAAUGUUUGAACAGUAGGUCAGUCGUCUUAACUUCACACUUAAAGGGAAAACUAAGGAGCUAAUCCUGUUACGAUGCCCAAAUUCCUCCUUAAUAAAUCUGAAGUGCAGGCCCUGAGGAGUGGUGAGUGAAGCAGGCGUCUGGACGAGAGGCCAGUCUGAGUAUAGAAUUGAUAUUCAUGGUUCAUAAUUAUUCUUGUCUGUAAUGUUUGGCUUCUUUGCUGUAAUAAAGACCACUUCUUUAAUUAAAA